CUCUUCCCAGUGUGCCUCGCGGCCGCAGGCGCUGACGUGGCCGCCGUCAGCGCCGCCAUCUUGUGGGAGCGAAACCAACGCCUGGCUCGGAGCAGCCGCCGCUGAGGUCUCUGGCCAGUGUCGCUUCCAACCACCCACAAGGAUGGGGAAUAUCUUUGCAAACCUCUUCAAGGGCCUUUUUGGCAAAAAAGAAAUGCGCAUCCUCAUGGUGGGCCUGGAUGCUGCAGGGAAGACGACGAUUCUCUACAAACUGAAGCUGGGUGAAAUUGUGACCACUAUUCCCACCAUAGGUUUUAAUGUGGAAACCGUUGAGUACAAGAAUAUCAGCUUCACUGUGUGGGAUGUGGGUGGCCAAGACAAGAUCCGGCCACUAUGGCGCCACUACUUCCAGAACACC